CAGAUGACGGAGUAUAAGCGAGCCAUGUUUCAAGAGGACGAAGUGCUGGAUGCCACUGGGGAUGGGAGCAACACAUCUCCGGACAGCGUAGAGGUGGGCUUCCGGAAAGGGGAUGGCCUCCUGCUGAGUCGCCUUGGCUCCCAAAUCCAUCUGAAGUUGGUCUUCUGGGUGAUUUCCCUCUUCGUGGCGGUUCUGCUGCUGAGUACAAUCAUAGCCAUGGCCAUCCAGUACAGUAAAGAUCCCUCGCAUACAACCUGCCUUACCGAAGCCUGCGUCAUUGUAGCUGGUAAGAUCUUGGAAGCUCUGGAUCCAGGCGUCAAACCCUGUGAUGAUUUUUACCAGUAUGCCUGCGGGGGAUGGAUCAAGAGGAACCCACUGCCGGACGGGCGCUCCAAGUGGAGUACCUUCAACAGUAUUUGGGACCAGAACCAGGCCAUCAUGAAACACCUGUUGGAAAAUGCCACUUUUAACUCCAGCAGUGAGGCUGAAAGGAAGACCCAGCGCUAUUACUUGUCCUGCCUCAGAGAACAGAAGAUCGAGGAACUGGGGUCUCAGCCACUGAUUGAUCUGAUUGAGAAGAUUGGUGGUUGGAACGUCACUGGCUCCUGGAACCAGACCAACUUCAUGGACGUCCUGAAAUUGGUCUCUGCCACCUAUCGCGCUUCUCCGUUCUUCAGUGUUUUCGUGGGACCUGAUUCUAAAAGCUCCAACAGCAACAUCAUCCAGGUGGAUCAGUCCGGCCUAUUUUUACCAUCACGAGACUAUUACUUGAACAAGACAGCCAACAAGAAGGUGUUGUCUGUCUACCUGGAGUACAUGGUGGAGCUGGCGAUGCUGUUGGGAGGAGCCAGAAGCUCAGCGGAAGAACAGAUGGGGCAGGUGCUGCUCCUGGAGACCGAGUUGGCCAACAUCACCGUCCCGCAAGAUGAACGGCGAGAUGAUGAGAAGAUUUACCACAAGAUGACCAUUGCUGAGCUGCAGGUUCUUGCCCCUGCGAUUGAGUGGCUGGACUUCAUCUCAUACUUUCUCGCACCACUAGAACUAACGGAUGCCGAGCCAGUGGUGGUCUAUGGGAAGGAGUAUUUGGAGCAGGUGUCACACCUCAUCAAUAACACUGACAAAAGCGUUUUGAACAAUUACAUGAUUUGGAAUCUGGUUCAGAAGACAGCUUCCAGCCUCGAUCAGCGGUUUGAGACGGCCCAGGAGAAGCUGUUGGAGACUUUGUACGGUACCAAGAAGUCCUGCACACCUCGCUGGCAAACGUGCAUUUCCAACACGGAUGACACCUUGGGUUUCGCCCUCGGGGCCCUUUUUGUAAAAGCCACGUUCGACCGACACAGCAAAGAGAUUGCUGAGGACAUGAUUGCCGAAAUCCGUGCAGCCUUUCAAGAGUCACUAAACAAUCUUGACUGGAUGGACAAGAAGACAAAGCAAGCUGCGAAGGAGAAGGCUGAUGCCAUCUAUGACAUGAUUGGCUUCCCCGAGUUCAUUUUUGACAACAAGGAGCUGGAUGAUGUCUACGAUGGGUAUGAAGUCUCGGAAGACUCUUUCUUUCAGAAUAUGUUGAAUUUCUACAACUUCUCGGCCAGGUUUAUGGCAGACCAACUGAGGAAGCCUCCCAACCGGGACCAGUGGAGCAUGACCCCCCAGACCGUCAACGCUUAUUACCUGCCUACCAAGAACGGCAUCGUCUUUCCUGCAGGCAUCCUCCAGGCUCCAUUCUACGCCCACAACCAUCCCAAGGCCCUCAACUUCGGAGGCAUUGGCGUCGUGAUGGGGCACGAGCUCACCCAUGCUUUCGAUGAUCAAGGCCGAGAGUACGACAGGGAAGGGAACCUGCGUCCUUGGUGGCAAAACUCAUCCCUUGAGGCCUUCAAGAACAGGACGGAGUGCAUGGAGGAACAAUACAGCAAAUACCUUGUCAAUGGAGAGCACGUCAACGGCAAACAGACUUUGGGAGAGAACAUUGCUGACCACGGGGGCCUGAAAGCCGCUUACAACGCUUACAAAGCUUGGCUGAAGAAGAAUGGGGAGGAAAAACACCUGCCCUCCGUGGAUCUUACGAGUCACCAACUCUUCUUUUUAGGAUUCGCACAGGUGUGGUGUUCGGUGAGGACCCCAGAGAGCUCGCACGAGGGCCUGAUGACAGAUCCCCACAGCCCUGACAAGUUCCGGGUCAUCGGCACUCUCAGCAACUCCCGGGACUUUUUAGAGCACUUUGAAUGCCCGAUAGGCUCUUUCAUGAACCCUGGGAAAUAUUGUGAGGUAUGGUAG